CGAGUCCAAUAAUCAUGCAUCGGGUUCUCAGCCUGCUCGUUCUCUCGGUCGUCGCCGUCUCGGCCGAGCACCCCGCCACGGGGACCCCGGACCAGUCGGGCAGCCAGCACACGAUCCCGUCUGGCAGCGGCAACGGCUUUCCCGACGUCGACACCCCCCACGCUGGCAACGAGUCAGACCAUGACGAGCUCCGCCUCUUUGAACUCAACCACUUCAACGGCUCGGAAGACCGCCCCCAUGGCCCCUUCAACGGCUCGGACGUCCGUCCGCACUUCAACUUCAACAGCUCUGACGACCACCCGCAUUUCGUCUUCAACAGCACCUAUGGUCGUCCGCACUUCAACUUCAACGGCUCGGAUGUCCGCCGUCAUGGCCCCGGCAAUGCUUCCGACGACCGCCCUUUUGGACGCGGCAAUGGCUCUGACGACCACCCGCAUUUCGUCUUCAACAGCACCGAUGGUCGUCCGCACCUUCCGUUCAACGGCUCGGAUGGUCGUCCGCAGUGGCACCCGCACGGUCGCUGGAACAGCUCGGAGUUCGAUCACCAAGGCCAUCACUUCAACGGGUCAACGAACGGCCGCCCCAUCGACGGCUUCAACGCGUCCGACGCGCCGCAGCACGGAAGCUUCCAAGCCUCUCUGCGCGGUUCCCGCUCGUCGAGUGGGAGCGACGAGUAAGUGAGCACCGUCCUUCCAUGGCAGCUGCUAUUGUUUGCCUGAAGUUACUACGUCUUCGAUGACGAUGAGCGAUAACUCGGAACAAUUCACAAUAUGUUUACACGAGAUGA